CAUCAAUUUGGGAUUACCAUGGUCAUCAAGGUUUACGUCGCCUCCUCAAGUGGCUCUAUCUCGGUGAAAAAAUAUCAGCAGGCGGUGGUGGGUUUUCUGGAGGCCAAUCGAAUCAACUUCCAGGAAGUAGAUAUUACCAUGCUGGAGGAGCAGAGGCUCUGGAUGUACCGCAACAUCCCCAGGGACAAGCUGCCAAAGAAAGGCAACCCGCUGCCUCCACAGAUCUUCAAUGAGGAUCGCUAUUGCGGUGACUAUGAAGACUUCUUCCAGUCGAAGGAGAACAACACUGUGUUUGCAUUCCUAGGGCUCAGUUCCCAACCCAAUGUUAAAGACUCGGAGUCCUAG